AUGACGACAAAAGUUUUGACAGAAUCAAAGUUACCCUCUUUGGCAGGACUUCGCAGAAUAGAUCUCUCUAAAGCCAAAGUCAGACUCAGUGGAGACAUCUCUUCUGUUUUCACAUCUUUUUCUGGAGAACUGGAACACUUGAACGAGCAGAAGUUUACUCAAUUGAAAAAAGAGUUGGUGAAAGAUCCUCAGGCUUUGAAAGAAAGUUGGUUACGGUUAAAGGUGGCACUUUCGAAAGGAAUUGAAGAAAUCAAGGCUAAAGGACCUUCAAUAAUCCCUUCUGUUGAAUUUUCUAAGCUCGACUCACUCAGUGAAGCUGAACGUGCUGAUAUCUUUAAGAGAGGGUGUGUGGUUAUUCGCAAUGUGGUUCCCAAAGGAAAGGUCGUUGAAUGGAAAAAUCAAGUAGUGGACUAUACCGCCAAGAACCCUACUACAAAAGGUUUCCCCAAAGAUUCGCCCGUGGUUUACGAGUUGUACUGGUCCAAGGCACAAGUUGAGGCUCGCAGCCACCCCAAUAUGAUGAAAACUAUGAACUUUAUGAACCACCUUUGGCACACUGACGAAGAUUCUCUCAUUUGUCUUGACAAGAAUCUUUCCUAUGCUGAUCGCUUGAGAAUCAGAAACGCCGGUGAUAAGUUCUUCUCGCUUGGUCCUCAUGCGGAUGGAGGGUCUUUGGAGCGGUGGGAAGACAAACUGUACGUUCAAAGUUACCGCAAGAUCUUUGAAGGUAAGUGGGAAGAGUUUGACCCAUACGACAUUCAAGGCCGUCUUGAUGCCGAUAUGGACUACUACGAGUCUCAGGGAACUUGCAGUAUCUUCAGAAGUUUCCAAGGUUGGUUAGCGGCAUCGGAAAUUGCACCAAAAGAAGGUUCGAUUCUCUUUGCUCCUCUUGUUAGAGAAGUCACUGCCUACUACAUGUUGAAGCCUUAUUUUGACGAAAACGACGAAUUGACUCUUGAUGGUCGUAUGCCUGGCGCAUAUCCAGGAAAAGGUCUUGAGUUCAACGACAACACUCAUCCUGAACUCAAAUUAAGCGAUUUAAUGGUCCACAUUCCAAAAGUGCAACCUGGGGAUAUGGUUUACUGGCACUGUGACUUGAUUCAUGCCGUGGAUAAUGAACAUUUGGGAGACCACGACUCGCUGGUGUUCUACAUUCCUUCGGCUCCGUUGUGCCAAACGAACUUGAAGUACGCUUUGACCCAAAGAGAAGCAUUUCUUAAAGGUUUGGUGGGACCAGACUUUCCUGGUUUCCCCAAUGAUGUCGCUGAAACUCAGCACAAAGAUAGGGGUGGACCUGAAGAUGUCAUGGAAAUCGGAGGAAUCGAAGCAUUGAGAGAAUUUCUCUUGGCGGAAAUUGAGUCUGACGAGAGCUAUUCUGAGGGAGCGAAAAAAAUGAUUGCCAUUGCCAAUGAGCAAGCGUUUGGAAAGUGA